CUUCUCUACUUUCAUCAUCAUUCCUAUAGCAGGUACCUGCUCACUCACCAUCCGGCAUGGAUGCGUUAAAAUCAGCGGGCAGAGCGAUGAUCAAGAGUCCGGGAGUCCCGCGGCACACAUGGGGAACCUCAAAGCACGAAAAGCUCCCAGAGAAUUGGACGGACACCAAGGAGACUCUGCUGGAAGGAAUGGUGUUUAAUGUGAAGUAUCUGGGCAUGACUCUGGUUGGCCAGCCGAAAGGAGAAGACAUGGCGGCAGCUGCCAUCAGGAGGAUUGUUAGCACGGCUCGCGCCAGCGCCAAAAAGUUCAGGAAGGUGACCCUCACUGUUUCUCCUAAAGGAAUCAUCAUCUCAGACACAGAGACCAAUGACCUCAUCGAAGACGUUUCCAUUUACAGAAUAUCGUACUGCACAACAGAUAAAACUCAGGAUAAAGUCUUUGCCUACGUUUCCCAAAGCCCAUUUAAUGAAACUCUGGAGUGCCAUGCCUUCCUGUGCCAAAAAAAGAAAAUAGCUCAGGCUGUGACCCUGACAGUCGCACAAGCUUUCAAAGUAGCUCUGGAUCUCUGGGAAAUAGCACAAGAAGAUAAAAGUAAGAAAACUCGCACAUGUGGUUCCUGUUCAGAACCCGAAUCUCAACCAGAAACAGAACCGAACGGUGUAACAGAGGAGGAAAAGACUCAGGCUUUGAUGGAGCACAAACUUCGGAAGCCCUUCUUCCCUGCAUUCCUUUCACCAUCUCCACGCAGCAACUCUAGGAGACGACCAAUCAAACAUAACUCUUGGGAUGUGGAAGACAGCAUCGAUGAAGCAUUUUCAAGCAGUAAGGAGGUGGAAGAGAUGGACGCAGGUAAGUGAGGCUGGCGACAUCCCGCACCAGAACCGUGUCUGAAGACGCAGCAGUGAGUCCACCAGAACGUAUUUUAUCCUUCAGCAGCGAUGACUCUGACUGAACACAAACACACACUCCAACCAGCCAAUCAGAAAGUGUUCUCAACACCCAGCACUUCCCCGCAUUUUACAUGCGGACUGCAGAAAAGAGCACUGCCGCAAUAUCUACAGCACAACUGGAACACUUUGUACUAGCAAACAAUACUAAAAAAGAAAACAACUUACAGUGGUUGUGCACAAUUACAAUAUUCAACUAUAUUGAUAAACUGUUGAAUGCCAAUACUUUCUGAAAGAUCAGGGCUUACAAAAUGGAUAAAAUAACGUGUUGUUACACAUUUAAUACAUAUUCAUAUUCAUUUAAGUAAUUUCUGUAAAACUGUUUUAAUGCAUUGGUGCUAUUUUUGGACAUAUUAUUUAAAUAGGACAAUAAUUUGAAAUGUGUACUACUUGAAAGGGACUGCAAAUAUGCAUUCAAGACAAAUAUGCCUAUUUUCAGCCCGACAUUUUAAAUAUAUUCAGUACAGGUUUGAUAUACUGUAAUGCGCUCUUCUGCUUCAUCAUAAUAUUUAACUAACCAUGUCAACAAAACUCUCAUCUGAAGAGCAAAUCAAAGCCGCUGCAAAGCUUUCAGGCAAUUAUUUUGCAUUAUUGAUAUUUACAUACUAUGUUUGUAUUUUGAAGUAGUAUCAUUGAAUUUACAUACAAUGUCGGCCAGGUUGUGUUUGCUCAAGCAAUCAUUACAGAAAUAAAUCUGGAAAUGUUUUUACAUUGGAGUACACAUUCGAAUAAAAUGCUGGGUUAUUUUCGACCCAGCGUUUGGUCAAAAAGGGACGAACCUUACCCGUUGGGUUGUAAUUUUACUUGCUGGGUUGUUUUAACCCAAAAUGCUGGUUUGUUUUAACACAUUGUUGGGUCAAAUCUAAACAACACAACAGCUGGGUUUGAACCUUUCUGACUUGCAGAUACACUCUCAAAAAUAAAGGUACAAAAGUUGUCACUGGGCGGUACCAUUUAAAAAGUACAUAUAAAGAACACACAUUGGUUAGGAUAUCUUGGUACCUUAAAGGUACAUAUCUGUUAAUAAAUGGUACACAUAAGGAAUUUUUUAAGGGUACAGCCCAAAUGAAAGCAUUUGUACAUUUAUUUCUGAAAGUGUAGAAUGAUUUUUUCUUUUAAGGACCAACGUAUAUUUUUGGGAAAGGUUCCAAAACAGUCCAAAAAGUCUGGUUUCUAUAAGUUUUAUAAGUGUUAUAAAUAUUUACACUGUUAUGUUUCAUCUGGUUUUAUUGUUUGAUCUUGUCUUAUGAAACUGGUGAAUUGUUAUUACCUUUUCAACUUUCAAAUAUAUAUGCAACUUUAUAUACAUAAGGAACAGGGCUGAGUUUGUUUUUACACACUGCAACAUCAAAUGAGAUUAUUUAGCUUUCAGAUAUUACAUUAAUAUCAAUAUUUGUCAAAUAUUUACCAACCAUGACUAUCUGAACAGAACAGAUCAGUGUCUGUGAAAUCACACAAUUCAUUGUGCAUUUGAAGUAAUAAAAUAGACACAAAGCCAGUGAUGAUAAAAGAUAUACAGUGUAUGUUUAUUAUGGCAAGCAUGAUUAAUGUUGCACUAUGAAACCCUUAUAUCUCCAGAGCAUAAAUCUAAAUCUAUGCCUAAUGUGUAAUAAUCCAGCAAACAGGAAAAAGGAAUGGAUUAUCAAAGUGGAAAAACAACAUAUUGUGGAAGGGUUUUUUUCUCAUAGUAAAUGUAAUAUCUUUUUUCUGUAAGCUUUUGCUUUGCUUCAUUGUUGUGUUUCAACUGAUACUGACAUUUGCUGAAAAUACCAAGGUCGUGGGCUUGAUAGUAGAGAAACGCAUUGAUUUAACCGACAUGAACAUAAUUGAUCAAAUGUUCACUUUAAAUGCCCUGUAAGUCUGCCAAAGGCACCAACAUAAGCGCUGACCAAAGGUUAUUAAACCUUGGCCCUUAGAAAUAAAAUAUGAAACAUUUUUACUGUUCAGAUAUUCUCUGAGUUUCUAAAAGCUACAGUUCAGUUUAAUGUUAAAUCAUUAAACGCUGUCAUUCCAGCCCUUUUAAAGACCAAAGUGCACACUUGAAAGAUCUGAAUCACUCUAAAACUGUUAAAACUUCGAUAAGGUCUUUGAUCCCAGUAGAUCUGUCAGCAUAGUUUUCAGUAUUUCAUUUUAACAUUAAAAUCUAUUUUACAAUCUACAAUCAAUUUUUUUACCAUUUUUGUGCACAUCUGAAAGUGAAUUUUAUGUAUUUUAUGAAUGUUUAAUAUUGAUCAGGUACCUGUAUUAGUCCAGUUAGUGCUGUUCAGUUGUUUUGAUUAAUCAUCUUAAAUAUGCCAGUGUUUUAUUUAUUUAUAUUAUUUUGAUGUUGGCUUGUUUCAUACAAAAGUUUUUGAAAAAGUUUUGAGAAAUCGCCGACAAAUGCCCGAAAUCACAGGCAAAUCGAUGUUCGUGCACGCGAGUGACAAUCACACAGUGCGAAUUAUCAAAGAUGCGAUCAGAGAGAAUCGCAGACGAGUCGCUGACACCUGUGAGAUAUCAUGUUAAAUAAAUUCAAAAAUCAUGCUGUGUGAAAUGUGUUCUGACUGAUAAUAACAUCUGCGAUGACCUACAGCCAAUCAGAGAGCAACAUACAGGGCAGCUGGAAGUUCAGGGAGGAGUUAUGAAGGUACAGCCCAUAAUAUCAGCAAGCAAGCGCUUCUUUUCUUUUUAUUUUCGCUACAAAUGAGCGCACAUGCAAUUUGUAUGGCAAGCUUUUGUGCGGGUUACCAUUUUUAAUAAUAAUCCGCAGUGUCACGUGAGAACUCGGUCUUGCACGCGACCUCGCGUUGUUUCCCUGUCACUUCUCAUGUGCGUUGGCUGUGAGACGUAGUUUGCGGACCGGGACAAUGUUGACGGCGAUUCUUUCUUGGUAAAGUCAUGCCGUGUGAAACCCCCUGUCGCCGAUCUGUUAUGCAGUGUGAAAACAGCAGUGACUGAGCGCUACCCCAGAUAGCCAAUCAGAGCAGAGCUCAACAUUAUUAUUCAUGACCCUUUCAAACAAGGUAAUAAUAGACCAUUUCAUUCUAAAGGCAAAUCCUAGGUUGUAAAUGGACAUGUAAAACCAUUUCUGGAUUAUUUUUGCACUUAAUAAAUCAACAUACCUUAUGUAGAUAUACAAUUAAACAUUAUUGUAAUGCAUUCUUUGGCACCUUUAAAGUUUUAUUUUCCUACAUAUUUUAAAAACAUCCUGAUUAUUAACUUAAUGUUGUGAAAAUGAUAAUGAAUCUUAAUGUCAUUUGCUCGAUGGUUGAAUGCACCAUUAAAUAAGUUUCCCCAUCAUUACGACUUAAAAAGUCAGUACAUCUGUCAUGAUAUUAAAUCUGUGUGUAAUGUAAUGUGCUAUUAUGCCAAAAGAUAAGAUAGAAAACCAGAAACAUUUAUCAAGUUCUCAUUAUCUUUAUUAAAACUGAUGACAGAAGCUACCAAAAUUGUUGAUUUGUGUCCCUCGCCCACAAUGAAGCAAAGAGCAUCAAAUGUAAAAUAUGAGUUUAGAAUCGCUAACAACAAUGCAUGCACUUUCAUGAUGAGCAUGUUGCAUGGCGUAAUCUAAUAAUAAACAAUAAUUCAGUCACGACAUUCUUUCAAUAAUGAAGUCAUUAUCAGUGAUUAGCAGUUAUGUACAAUGUUCAACUUUGGCGCAAUUAUAAACACAUUAGGCAGAAAACACAUUUACAUACUGUACAUAAUCUCAAUAUUUUAGUUCCUGAACACCUGGCUUUAUGAAAAAUAUUCACUCUUUUAUUAGAAGUUUAUUAGAAGUGAUAGCUGCUUUAAUCACUCUUCUUUAUAGCAGGACCCCUCUUU